AACUCCGUCUCUUAUUUAUUUAUUUGUUUUUGUAUUUAAUUAAAAAAAAGAAACAAAAUACAAAGAAGAGAGAGAAAGAGACCUUCGUCUGGUUCUGACGAACCAUCUUGCCAAAAUCAGAAUUUGCAUACCCUCUUCACUUCCUUUCUCAAACCCUAGAACAGACAAAUUCCAAUUCCAUUUUGCUCCCUUCGAGACCGCCUACCUGCCGCCGUGCCCCCACCGUCGUCGCCGCCGUGCCCCCCCACUUCCUCUUCAAGUACUUGAUCAUUUCAUCGUCCUCUGAAAUUCACCAUCAACUGCGUUUCUUUCCCCCCUAAAUUUUGGAGACUUUGAUGUGUUUCUGUUGACUUCCGAGAUGAUGGGUCUGAAGCUAAUUCAUUCGCCAUCAUCGAGUUUCUGACUCCCUUCCAGAAAGUUUCUCCAAGUUGCAUCUCUCCUCAUCAUGUAUCAUGCUAAGAAAUUUUCAACUGCGAGCUUAGUUCCACACAAAUCUCAAGGUGCUGAACAAGGUGCGAGUGUUGCAGUUCUUGGUGGCUCUACAGCCAAAAGUCCAAUGCCACCUGGAGGAGGUGGAAAACAACGAUUGCGAUGGACAUCAGAUCUUCAUGAUCGUUUCGUCGAUGCCAUCACACAACUUGGUGGACCAGAUAGGGCAACUCCAAAAGGUGUUUUAAGAGUGAUGGGGGUACCUGGUCUUACCAUAUAUCAUGUCAAAAGCCAUUUACAGAAGUAUCGACUUGCAAAGUAUUUGCCAGAAUCUCCAGCAGACGGUUCUAAGGAUGAGAAGAGAAGCUCAGAGAGUCUCUCUGGAACAGAUUCCUCUUCGGGCCUGCAAAUCAAUGAGGCAUUGAGGAUGCAAAUGGAAGUUCAGAAACGUCUUCAAGAACAGCUCGAGGUUCAGAGGCAAUUACAAAUGAGAAUAGAAGCUCAGGCGAAAUAUUUGCAGAAGAUCAUCGAGGAGCAGCAGAAACUAGGCAGUGAAUCGAAGGACUCCGAGGUGGUGCCCUCAGCUGAGGAUAAUAAGCAAAAGACUCGCCAAUCUGAGUUGUACGGUGAUGUGUCCGCAGGACCUUCAUCUCCCCGAAAGAAACAACGCGUUGAUCAUGGAUCAACAGAGGAUUCUGCCCCAUCACCAUCUAUUAAUUUACCUUAACUUACCUGAAUAAAUUGUUGGUUGAUAGGACCUAAAAUUGUAUGAAAAGAAACAAUGGGUCGUGUUUGUGUAGAGCUGAAAAUCUUAUCUCAGGAGAGAAGGCCGACCAGCUGUGCAUCAAGUGUACCUAUGAAGUUGAGAUCCAAUUUGUGGUUUAUUAUCGUCGUCUUCAUGAAGUUGAUGAUGUCUGUAACCUUUGUAUAUAAAUCUGCACAUUGAACCUAUUUGUAAACCUUAUUGAAAUACUCCUACGUAAGCAGUUUCUACUUUGCAGUAAAACGUGCACGUUUUCUGCCGUUUUACCAAUCGUGUAUUUGCUAAGCUGUUUGAUCGUCAUGUUUUGAGAAUAUAGUUAAGUAACAGGAUUAACUA